AUGGGCGAGACCAGCCCCGAGGGCAGCGCCGCCUACUACGAGGCGGAGGAGGAUGAGCUGGGCCGCGGCGGCGGCGGCCUGCUGCGCUUCGGCGACAGCAACGGGCUGCUGCCGCCCGCCGCCGGCACGGUCUACGACAGGACCACCGUGCUCAUCGAGCAGGACCACGGCCCGCUGGAGGACGACGAGGAGGAAGGGCAGUGCGGGGAGCACCUGCCCUUCCUGCCCGAGGGCCACGAGGAAGGGUUCCCCUUAAUAGCGGACCAUGAAGGAAUGUCCCAGGGUUACGUGCAACACAUCAUUUCUCCGGAUCAGAUUCACCUAACGAUAAAUCCUGGUUCCACUCCUAUGCCAAGAAAUAUCGAAGGCGCUACACUCACUUUACAGUCUGAAUGCCCGGAAACCAAGCUUAAAGAAGUUAAGAGAUACCAGUGCACCUUUGAGGGCUGCCCACGCACAUAUAGCACUGCUGGAAACCUGCGCACUCACCAAAAGACACAUCGUGGGGAAUACACUUUUGUUUGCAAUCAAGAAGGUUGUGGCAAAGCCUUUCUUACCUCCUAUAGUCUGAAAAUCCACGUUCGUGUGCACACUAAGGAAAAGCCCUUUGAAUGUGAUGUGCAGGGCUGUGAAAAGGCAUUCAAUACACUGUACAGGUUGAAAGCACAUCAGAGGCUUCACACGGGGAAAACAUUUAACUGUGAAUCGGAGGGCUGCAGUAAAUACUUCACAACGCACAGUGACUUGAGGAAGCACAUUCGAACACACACAGGAGAAAAGCCAUUUCGGUGUGAGCAUGACGGCUGUGGAAAGGCUUUUGCUGCAAGCCAUCACCUUAAAACACAUGUUAGGACACAUACUGGGGAGAAACCCUUCUUCUGUCCCAGUAAUGGCUGUGAGAAGACUUUCAGUACGCAGUACAGUCUCAAGAGUCACAUGAAAGGUCAUGAGAAAGGACAUGCCUAUAAUGCACUUCCCAAUAACAAUGUAUCUGAGGAUACAAGCCAGUCGCUUUGUCUGAGUGACCUAAGCCUCAUAUCCAGAGAUUCAGAAUUGCGGGAGAACUCUAAUCCAAAACAUGGACAAGACCUUAGCACAAUCUCACCAGCAAGCAUCUUUGAGUCUGUCUUUCAGGGGCCAGGUCAUGCUACAAAGCAGGAAGACUCACAGCAGACAGCUGCCUUCAUUGAAGGCUAUAAUGGUGAUGCAGACUCAGUCACUGCUGUUCCGCCUCCUGCAGGAGAUUCAGCAUCUCUGUCCCUUCCACUUGUACUGCAGCUUGGCAUCUCUGAGCCGUCGCCCUCAGCACUACAAGCCUCAGCAGCCCCCGCUGCUCCCUCCUCCAUAGGAACCAGCUCGCAACAAGCUGCGUUUGGCAAUUCUGCAACUGUUUUACAAUCUCCCAAAGUGCCUGUUCCUCACAGCACACAGUUUGCAGCCGGUCACCCCGACUUUCUGCAGCACACUCGGACACCGCCGCAGCCCCUGGUCCAAGGGCUUUCAGUGGUUGCAGGGACGCCUGCCCCAACAGCAUUAAGUGCCCCUGAGCCCCUGCCAGCUGUAGUUCAGACUGUGCCUGUUGGUGCGAACUCUCUGCUGACCAGUAAUCCAACUAUAACAAUUACUCCUUCUCAGAGCACCGCUAUCCUGCAGUCCAGCAUUGUCAUGGGAGAGCAAAACUUGCAAUGGAUUUUAAAUGGUGCCACUGGCUCUCCACAAAGCCAAGAACAAAUGCCACAAGUUCCAAAAGUAGUAGAAAAGGUUUUUUUUACCACUGCGUUACCAGUAACUGGCAACACAGGAACUCCCGUUCAACAAAUCGGUCUCAGUGUUCCUGUCAUCAUUAUAAAGCAGGAGGAGGCCUGCCAGUGCCAGUGUGCCUGCCGCGACUCUGCCAAGGACAAAGCCACCAGUAAGAAGGAAUGUUCCUCACCUGAGCAAACAGCUCCUCAGCUGCAGCCUCAGACCUUUCCUUCCUCCUCCCGUUCUCCUUCAUGUGGGCAGAGCAGUCAGAUAGUUAACCCUUCAGACUCGCAGACUGAAACAUUAAGUGCCAUGGAUGUAUCAGACUUCCUGUCCCUCCAAAGCCCUGAAACUCCCCCUAAUAUAAUUCCUAUUGAAGCACUACUGCAGGGUGAGGAAGAAAUUGGUUUGAAUAGCAACUUCUCUAAAUGAAGAUGUUCCAGAUUGUCCUUUGCACCGGGCGGGUAGAGCCCUCCUCCUUAGAAGCAGAAACUGAAGGAUUUCUUCUGUUUGUUUGUUUUUUCCUUCCAAUUGGGAAGUUUUGUGGCUUAUUUCUGCUUCUCUGAUGUCAUCUUAGUCACAUCCCAGGUACACCCAUCUUUGAAUCUAUCUUUAAAAAAAAAAAAAGGCAAAAAAAAAAAAAAAAAAAAGCUAAGUUAUAUAUGAACUGUUUUGGCUGCACUGUCUGUCACUUUUGCUUGUCAUAUGUGAACACAGAAGUUAAGGUUACUCAUGUGCAAACAGAUUUUAAAGAGAAAAAGGGGGGUUAGUUUGUCUCCAAUUGCACAUCACUUAUGUUUGGGAUUAAGGUACUGGCAGUGUGUGGGUCUUUGUUACAGCUCCUUAGGUCUAUAAUUUUCUUAUGUCUCUUAUGUGUGAUAUUAACCGUGCAGUAUAAGGGGAGCCCAGGAGAGGAGUUUGCUGUAGCAGAAGAUGGUCUUACACUCAAAAAUGUUCUGACUUCGGCUUCGCUGUCGAGCGUGGUCCUCCUGUCCCUGCGAGGUGGUGCCUGGGUGUACUAACACUAUUGCUAAAGCCAACAGAAGCUCUUGGGGAGUUUGCUGUGGUGGAGCACGGAACACUUGUGCUCCUCGUAGAUCUGCUCAUUUACUUUCAUUAGGACUUUCAAAGAGUGGUGGCAGACACUGCUUCACAGUACAGAAACACAGUGGGAGCCCCUGCUCGUGCAGGCUGCAGAGUCUGUUUUCUUGGCCUCUCAAGCACCCGGCGAGCUCCCCACGUAGUCAGCUCGGUGCCUGCUGCUCUUUUGACUCAUUUGGCUCUGUUCAGAAAGAAGUCAUCCUCUUUUUUUAAAAAACAAAAAAACAAAUCCCGACUGUUUAAUCAGGAGCAUGGUGCCUUUGCUGGUUACUCUCAUCUUUUGUCAAGAGUUCUAGGAACCCUUUAGGAACGAUUCAACACGCAUUUAGUUUGCAUUUAGCGAAUUGAUCCUUUAGCUGUCUGGGAACGCUUCCUCUUUUCUGUUAAGCUCUUUAGUUUCUGCCUGAAUCUGCCUCCAACCUACUGCAAUGCCAGCUUUUUGUGCAUGGGGCUAUUUCUUGACUAAAAGAUGUUACACGACAUAGUAGUUUUUCAUAUCAAACUGAAAGUCUAUAUUCUAACCUACUCAGGGUAAAUAAAACACCCCCCCCUCCACCAAAAAGCCUGUAAUGUUGCAAUAAAUGCAGUCUCAUUCUAAAUGGCUUAUUUAUGCUGCAUUAUUUUAAAAGAUGUAAUUUUAUAGUGUUUUAUCCAUCUGUCUGGCUUGGGCUGUCAGCCUUUUUGUGUUAAAGGAUAUUAAAUAGUCUUUAUUGAGU